AUGCCAUCUCCUGGGCCAGCUGAUUACAAAUUACCGACGACCAUCGGAUUCCAAAAUCAUGAUCCGCGAAAAGAACGAAAGCCAAUGUAUACGAUGAGAGGUAUUUCUAAGCCAAAGGAUGACUCCUUUGGACCUGGUCCAGCCGGAUAUUCAUUGGGAAAACAAACACGAAUCGGAAAACCCCACCAGCAGAUGUAUACCAUGGGUAAAAGACUGGAUUUAGUGAAGCAAGAUCAAACACCCGGACCGGGAGCGCACAACAACCAUCUUGUUCCUACGAUGAAAAGCAGACGCGCACCACAGUAUAGCUUUGGAUUGCGGAUUGAUCUUCCGAACAAGGACAAAAUUCCCGGGCCAGACCAGUACAACGGAGUUGUCCAUAUGAUUCGCCCAAAAGUACCGAGUUAUUCAAUGAGGCCUCGAACGAAGGAGCUAAGUGAUGUUGUUGGACCAGGACCAGCGAAGUACGCCAUGCCAGCGUGCAAUGUCACACAUCAUCGACCUCCGAAUUAUUCGAUACGAGGGGCACACAAGGAUUUUCUUCAACGAACACCCCAUCCAGGGCCUGCAAAUUACAACUUGAUGAAUCUACGGCUCGAUACGACAGCACCAAGCUACUCCUUCGGAAUCCCAUAUCCGAGCUGUAAAUUACCGAUGAUAGUGCCGGGUGAUAAUUGUUAA